AUGGUCCGAAUCAAGGAGAGGUAUCUUCUCGUUAACAUCAUUUAUCCACCUGGAGCGUCGAAACAACAAGGGAGCAAUGUACCGGAUUUUGUGGUUAUGCAUCAACCGACGACGGGGCAGCUCACUCCCCAAGCACUUGUGAAGGCGCUGCGCGCUGAAGUCGCUUCACUCUUUGGUGAUUUCGGAUCCGGAGCGAUCGAGGGGAACCUUCAAGUCAAAUACCUCUCACCGGCAACUUCGACUUUCAUCCUGAGAGUGAAAAGGGAGCACUAUCGCAUGGUCUGGGCGGCCUUGACUUUCAUGGACCGUGUUCCUCUUAAGAACGGAGACGGCAAGCCGUGUACGUUCAGGGUGGUCAGAGUGAGUGGCACUAUUCGAAAGGCCGAAGAGGAGGCAAUCAGACAAGCCAGGCAACUUGUGCUUGCCGCCAAGGACUCCGUCGCAGCUGCGGCGGGUGGCGCGCUGCCAUCGUUCAAUGAAGGCAAGGCACAAGCUGCGGAUACUGUCAUGUUCGACGCAUCUGACGUCUCGGAUGACGAGAACAUGGUCGAAGAUGACGGAUGA